UUUAAGUAGACAGAAAGAAAGAACUUUAUUUUGCCACUGCAAAGUGAAGACAUCAAUAUUCAGAUAUGGAAAUUCCCAAUUUGACAGCUGCAUUAUUUGGAAACUCUACAUCAGUUCAGUUUGGUCAUGACAACAUUCUACUCGGAGAAGAACCACCUCCUUCUAUAGAUGCUGAAAUGUCCAGGAUUGAUCCUGUACACAUAAAGAUAUCAGAACGUAAGGUCUCAGUCAUCAACAUGAUUGACCUUCAUGAGACUGAACUUCAGCUGGACUCUGUGGAUCAUCUCAUCGCUCAACCAAUGCAAGACAAUCAAAUCUGUGCCUUCAUCUUUGUUGUGCGAGUGGGUCAGUUAACAGAUGCUGAUAAGAUGUGUCUUGAAUGGCUACAGUCAGUGUUUGGUGAUGGUGUUCUUCAGUUUGUGAUGAUUCUCUUCACUUAUGAAAGAAAAGAAGAGUCUGACACUAUAAUAGAUGAUCUGAAGAAAAACACUGUUCUGGAGGAGCUGCUGAAGAAAUGUAGAGGAAGAUAUCACACCUGCAGCAAAACCAUGAACAACCAAUCAGAGAUGAGAGAACUGAUGAAGAAGAUUGACGAUCUGUUUAACGAGAAUCAAAAUAAAUACUACACUGAAGAGAUGUACAACACACAUAUUUGUAAAAAAAAAGGCAAUGAAACAGCAACAAACAAUCCAGAUCAAAACCAACAAGUUACAAUUAGAAAAGAAAAACUAGAGCAUCUCCUUCAAAAACUUCAACUUAAAGACCAGAACAAACUGAGAGUUGCAGAUGUCCUUCAGAUAGCUAUACAUUCAUUACAGUCUCAUGAGGUUUGUACUGAGAAAGAGCUGGUGAAGAAUUAUCUACAAAAACUAUUGAUGAUGAACUACAGAGCACGAUACAUUAAAACUAAAGAGACAAAUGAACAUCAUCACACACAGCAAACAGACAAAGACUCAGUAAAUCAAAAAGGUAGUUUUUUCAAAGCUAUGUCUUUGUCUAAUAAAGGAGUAUGUAAACCAGACCCAGUUCACCCGAUGGAUGUUCAGAUGGCUGUGUUUCAUUGUGCUGAUAGUUUCCUAAAGCAGCUGAUGGUCACUAAACUCUCACAGUGUCAGUUUGCUCUUCCUCUUCUUGUUCCUCAUCCAGUCAAACAACAGAUUGAGUUUCCUCUCUGGACAUUCAGACAAAUCAACAAGAGCUGGAAGAUGAGAUAUACUAACAAUGAUAUCAUCAGUAAAGAAGAGCCAGUCUACAAAGCAGAAACUCCAAUGGUGUCGUUCUUCAGGUUUGGUUCUGUGUCUUCAUCCAAGUCUCAGCUGAUGAACAAUCUGAUCAAUGAGAAACACAACACGUUCUUCCACAGGAACUGUCCAGGCAGCAGCAGAACCAGACUACUGAUGGAUGGAGUGGUGGAGAUCACUUGGUUCUGCCCAUCUGGAAAAGACACUGAUAAAUUUAAUAACUGUGUUGCUUUCUGUAAUCUUCAUGGUGAUGCAGGAGUCAAUGAGAAACAACUGCAGAUUCUGACUGAAAUGUCUUCAGUCAAUGUCGUUCUUCUAAAACAGCUUGAUGAGAAUGACAACAACAUAAAAAAACUCGAAAAACUCUACAGUGAUUCAAAGCCACUUAUUUGCCUUUUUUCUGAUGAUGAAUCCGCUCUAAUUGAUAUAAAUACAGGAAAAUACAAAAUAGGUUUGAAAGACAGAAAUCAGUCAGAUGUAUCUGAAGAACUCAGAAUAGCUAUAAAUGAUUGUCUCUCAUCUUCAUCAUCAGCUUCCAUGUUCAGACUUGAAGAUUUGUCCAAACACUCAGAUAUCAGAGUAGAUGAGGAAGAUGAUGAAGACUGCAGGAGAGGAAGAGAAGCAGCACAGCAAAUGACGAGUUUACUGGAGAAUAAAAGUCUGACAGAAAUCAAAGAAUCAUUUCUGCCCUGUCAGGGGAAACUCUGGCAUCAGUGGUGUCAGAAGAACAAAGAACUUCAUCGACCUCAAGGGGAAGACAUAGAACAAGAAAUAAGCAGAACAAGAACAGAAAUGAAGAAAAUUCGUGAAGAACAACAUGAAUCCCUAAAGAGUGAGUUUCUAAAGUUCUUUAUUACACAAAUUAAUUCAUCUGAUGAUAAUAGGAAGUUUUUCAUUAAAUGGCUUAAAAUUCAUCUGGAUGAAUUUACCUCUGCUGACCUUUCCACUUUAAAUCACAAAUAUAACAAAAUGUGGUUAAAAGCUUUAAAACUGAAAGAGAACAAUUGUAAAUCUGAAAAUGUAAAAACUGAACAAGCAGAACUUGAGAGAAUAUCUGAAGAACUUCAAGCAGCAAGCUUUGGUUUGGAGCACAUCAUGAGAGAGAUCGGUCAGAUCUAUGAAUCAUGUUCAUCUGUGAAGAAGAAUAAGACAGAUCUGCAGUCAAACUUCUCUUCUCUACCGAGUCUUGCAGCAGAGAUGAUGAUCUGUGGAUUUCCACUGGAGCUGAUGGAUGGAGAUGCUGCUCAUGUUCCUCUGAUCUGGAUCACUGCUGUUCUAGAUGAACUCAUACAGAAACUGGGAGACCAGAGAGUCUUUGUGCUGUCAGUUUUAGGACUUCAGAGCUCUGGGAAAUCCACCAUGCUGAAUGCCAUGUUUGGACUUCAGUUUGCAGUCAGUGUUGGCCGAUGCACCAGAGGAGCUUUCAUGCAGCUGAUCAAAGUAUCAGAGGAGAUGAAAAAACUGAUGAAGUUUGAUUAUAUUCUAGUUGUUGAUACUGAAGGUCUUCGGGCUCUAGAAUCUGAUGGAAAGUCCACAAGACAUCAUGACAAUGAAUUGGCCACAUUUGUUGUUGGUCUUGGUAAUCUGACAUUGAUCAACAUCUUUGGAGAAAACCCAGCUGAGAUGCAGGAUAUUCUUCAGAUUGUUGUUCAGGCCUUUCUGAGGAUGAAAGAGGUCAAACUGAAUCCCAGCUGUAUGUUUGUGCAUCAGAACGUUUCAGACGUCACAGCUGGAGAUAAAACCAUGGAGGGAAGGCGACGACUGCUGAAGACACUUGAUGAGAUGACAAAACUUGCUGCUAAAGAUGAAGUCUGUGAUGCUGAAUGUUUCAGUGAUGUCAUUAAUUUUGAUGUACAGAAUGAUGUGAAGUAUUUUGCUCAGCUGUGGGAGGGAAGCCCACCAAUGGCACCACCCAACCCAAACUACUGUGAGAAUAUUCAAGAACUAAAGAAAACUAUUAUUUCACAAGCCUCAAAAUCAGAUGGUAUGAGGCUGACACAUCUACGUGAACGAAUUAAUGAUCUCUGGGAGGCUUUACUAAAUGAAGGAUUUGUGUUCAGCUUCAGAAAUUCUCUGGAGAUUUCAGCAUACAGGAGACUGGAGACAGAAUACAGCAAGUGGACCUGGACUCUUCGCAGUGCUAUGCUGGAAAUUGAGAACAAACUACACAACCAAAUAGAAAAUGAAACAAUUCAUGAGAUUGAGGAAAUAGAUCUUCAGAGAGACCUGAAGGAGAAAAGUGAUGAAGUGAAAAACUUAAUGUCAGAUUUCUUUAAGAAAGACACAGAUGCUAAUAUACUGAUUCAGUGGAAAAUAUCUUUUAAAAUAAAAAUCAAAGAUGUUCAGGAAAGCAUUGUGAGAGAAACAAAGAGGAAAUUAAAUGAGAUUCUCCAGCAGCGAGACCUGAAGAGAAAGAUUGAUGCUCAGAGAACACAACAUGAAAACACUCUCUUAGAAAAGAGUAAAGAACUUGCAUUAAAACUCAGAGAUAAAGCAAAUGAUGAAGAAAUAAUGAAAAAAGCAUUUGAUUUGUUUUGGGAAGAGUGUUUGAAGAAGAUCACCACAGAUACUACUCCAAUUAAAGACAUUAACACUCUGGGAGAUGUGAGAAAGAUCCUCACUGAUAUCUAUGAAAGUGUCCCUGUAGACCAAUGGAAGGAGAACAGAAACAUUCUCACCACACAGAAUUAUUCAGGUUAUGUAUACAUAAAGAAAUCCUAUUCCUUUGUUAAAAAAAAAUACAAACAAAUUUCAGGUGGUUCUCUUUCUGAAAAAACUGAAAGAAAAAUAAGAGCCUUAGUCAAUGACAUUACACAGCAGAUAGACAGAAUGAUUAAUUCCUUUAAUAUUUCAAAGUUGGGCUACAACAUAAACUGCAUUCAGAAACUCACAGAUCACAUCAAGACACAAAUAACAGAAUAUGAGGAAGAGUCUGAGAAAUAUGCGUUCAAGAAAGAAUUCUCAGUGGAUUUGGUAUUUUCUAUAUUUAAUAGAGCAGAAAAGACAUUCAAUGAUCAUCACAGAAUGUUCAGAGAAGCCAAUGAUCCUGUUUUCUAUUUUGAGAAAAAGAAAGGAGAAUACUAUAGUAUUUUCCAGAAACACUGUGAAGGAGCAACAUCAAUUGUUAUUUUUGCUAAGAUCAUCUGUCAAAAACUGAAGAGAGCCAUGGAACAGAGUGUCUAUAAACAGACUGCCAGAGAUUUAACAGAAGAAAUCAGAUCAAACUGUCCAUCACUGAAUGGAAACAGAUCAAAUCUGGAGAAACAUUUCCUAAAAAAACUGGCAGAAGAGGAGAAGUUUAACAAAUGCAUGUACUAUAUUCUGUUUCCCAAAGAACAAUUGAAGUAUUUUAUCAGAGAUGAAGUCCAUCAGUACAUCAGUGAUCAGUUCAGUAUCAGUGUUCAACCCAAGAUGAAUCAGAACAUUGAGGUCCUGAAGAGGAAGAUCCUGACAGCAGCUCAUGAAUCUACUGAAUAUGUUCAAGUGAAGAGUGGAGAUGUUGAUUUGUGGUUGAAGUUUUUCACACAGAAGCUCUCAGAUGUUCUGAUAUUCUCUGUGAAGGACUUCAGUGGAGUCAAACAUGAUGAUGUUAAUGAUUUCAAACUCUUAGAAGAUGUGAUAAAAACAGAACUUCCAUCUAUAAUAUCUGUCAUCAGUAAAGAGUUCAACACGAAUACAUUUGAUAUAAAACUGGAUCUCAACCACAGACCAGAUGAGAUUCUGAUUGAUCAUUUCUGUCGGUGCUGUUGGGUUCAGUGUCCGUUUUGUGCAGCCACCUGCACCAACACAAUAGAGAAUCAUGAUGGAGAUCACAGUGUCCCUUUCCAUCGUGUUAUUGGUGUUAAUGGCUGGUUUUACAGAAAAACAACAAAUCUAAGCAUUAACAUCUGCACAUCAUCAGUAAGUAGCAGUCAGUCUUUUAUUCUAAAGGAGAAGUCAAUCAGAUGGAAAAACUACAGGACAGCAGGAGGGGAUUAUGCAAAGUGGAGCAUCACCCCUGACCUCUCUGAGCUGCCUUACUGGAAAUGGUUUGUCUGCAGAUUCCAGAAAGAGCUGGCAAACCACUACAAUAAAACAUUUGAUUAUCCAUAUGAAUGGAAACAAAUCACAAGACAAGAAGCUAUCAAGAGUUUAGAUAAGUAUAUCUAAUUAAAUGAAACAUUGAGACUUGGAGGUAAAUGCCCACUGCUAUGACUGGAUAACAGUUUUGCUUGACAAACUAGCUUUACCGUAAACAACACUGUAAUUGCGCAUCAGAAUCUUAAUUGCUCCAGCGUGGUUAGACACGGACGUUACACACAAUCAGGACAUGUCAAGCGAUCUCUAACAAACCAAUAGUGAUACAUAGUACUAAAAUGUUUUACUUACAUAAGAUUGCUGCACCAUUCCUCUGGCUUGUUUACAAAUGAAUCCUCGGUACAAUGAAGCGAACAAACAUUAAUGUUUUACCCACGUGAGCUUGAACUUCUUUAAAAAUAAUUUCUACCAUGCAUUCCUAUUAUCAGACUCCAAGGGAAGGUUAUGCAGCAACUGUGUUCUUCCACAACCAGGCACUGCACAAUAUUUUGCAGUCUUCAACGACAUGUUUGUUGCUUGGACGCUCUUUUCAGUUUGCCUCGUGACACUUCCCUACUGUCAUGUGCGAAGCAGUGGCCGGGGCCACAAAAGUAAUCAUUGCCAUUCCCCUGCGAGGCGGUCUUUAACUGCUCAGUUACAUCAUAGAGCCACUUGGUGUCAAAAACAGUUGAUAUUUCAGUGACAAGGAUGUUUUCAGUUUUGAAACUUACAGGAUGUUCAUUUAAGGACCUCAUAUAUAACAAAAUUCCUUAAUUCACCGCACCUUUAGGCAUUAAAAUACACCACACACAAAUACUGAUUAAAAUAAGAUAUGUCUCUAGUAGAGAAGUGACAUGAAGUGCAUCUCAGAAGUGUAAACUCUACAAGAACAUCAGUGAAGAGCAGACAUUGCAAAUCUAUGACUGCUUAACACUAAUACAUCAAGGUUGACUCAAGACAUCAAAGGCAACCAACUAGCAUUGUGUAGUCUGUGACUGGCUUUGGGAUGCAACAUCAUUCAUGUAAAAUAAUGUUCUGAGAUUAGUACAAAUCUAAAAAAGAAAUUGUGGCAUUAUGUUGAAUACCACUGAUAAUAAUAUUGUAUGUUUCAUUAAAGCCACACUCUUACAAGGCACUUAGAAUGGACAUAAACAUGACCAGGCAAUACAGUUGUAGUUAAUAGUAUAAGUGACACACUUUUAACUUUGUUGUCGUGAUGGUGUAAAUCUUGUAAACCUGGUAAUAUUUGCAUGUCUGAUGGUAUAUUAACAAGCACUGUUUAGGGGGUUUCUUUAGAAAGUUUGUUGAUUUUAGCAUGAAAUUCUCUAGUUGAUGUUUAUGCACAUAUAAUAAAAACAAUAAAAAAUAAUUAAAAAGGUGCAAGGUAUUUGGUUAUUUAUAGACAAGUUGUAAGAAUUUAAACGUUAAAAAGGAAUUGGCAGUCAAUGGAUGAAACUCGGACGGGGUGUGGCAUGAUCAAAUGAAUGGUUUCUUAGUAAUGGAGUUAUUAAAAGAGGUAUUGCUUUAGGUGUGAUCCUUACGUGGAGAAUGUUUCUAUUUUUGUGUUCUUUAGUUUAUUGUUAAUCAUUUAUUCACAUAAUCAUUUUAUAAUCAUUAGUUAUCCAUAUAAUUGUUUAUUUGAUUAUUUAUUAUUAUCAAUUUCAUUAUUAUCAUUAUAUUAUUGUUUAUUCAUUUAUAUUGUCUUUUCAUUUAUUAAUUCAUUAUAUUUCUAUAUUUCAUAAGUCUAAUAGAUUUCAUUGUUGUUCAGUCUUAUAUUUGUGAAGUCUCAUGAGCUGUCCUGUCUAUGUAAACAGAGAUAGAUAAAGAGAACAUUUAAGAAGCUCAAGGUUUGUGGGAUGUUGCUUUUAAGCAGUUUUGGUAUAACAGUGCAUGUUGAAUUCAUGCUGGUUAGACGAGGUUUGAACAUUGAGACAUAUGCGACUGAGACUGUCCAUCAAUAAAAACUCAGUUCCAAUUUUAUCAUCGUAAACUUUGUCUCAUGUCCUGCUUGUGUUCUUCUCUAGCUUUGAUCGAUCAACAUCUUAACUCAGAAGACUGUUAAAUGAGUAAAUUUAUAUUUGGCGUUCGGGGCUGGAUCAUAAAUAUUUUGUCUGGUGUGGAGACGUGAUCUAACAGGUGAUAUAAUAAGAAUUCUUGCAUGUAUCUCUUAAUUCAACUCUCUUUUACUUUGUGUGCAUAUGUGAUUGACUUUGAACUUUGCAUUAAAAAGUUGUUGUGCCUUUUACCAAAUAAACAUAUUGAAUUUAAUUGAACCAAAACAUUUUUGUCCUCCUGAGUUUACAUGCAUCAAAUAGGCACUGCCUUGUUUUGCUCU